UCUUCCCAAUAUUAUUUCCUUAUUCUCCUACUCCUACUUUUCCAUUCUUUGCAAAACUCUAUAUUUGCCAUCAACACAGAUUUUUCUUCUCUCAUUGCCUUGAAAUCCCACAUAACCUCAGACCCUCACAACAUACUGAUGAAAAACUGGAGCUCCGAAGCCAGCAUGUGUAGCUGGAUCGGAGUUACUUGUGAUUCACGUCGUAAUAGGGUGACUGAGCUAAACAUACCGCUCAUGGGCCUUGUGGGCACCAUACCACCAGAGAUCGGAAAUCUUUCUUCUCUCGUCUCGUUGAAUAUGAAUGAGAACUCUUUCCAUGGCCCCAUCCCUCCAUCCAUCUUCAAUAUCUCGUCGUUAGAGGUUUUGGAAUUACGAAAUAACAAUUUAUCGAGUAGUCUCCCAAGUGAUAUGUGCAAGCAUAGUCUUCACAAGCUCAAACGACUUCGUAUUUCUUUCAAUGAGUUGUGUGGAGAUAUACCGUUGAGCUUGGGCCAAUGCUCGCAGCUUGAGUAUCUUUCCUUGCGUAGCAACAAUUUUGGUGGGCAAGUGCCGACGCAAAUUGGGAACAUCACACUACUUCAGUUUCUAAGCUUUGGUGCCAACAACUUAAGUGGUACUAUUCCAAAAGAGAUUGGGAACUUGACAAUGCUUCAGAUAUUGGACCUUGGUGACAACAAGUUAUUUGGUAAGAUCUUUAUCUCCAUGCUCUGAAUGUCCCUACAUUUUUUGUUUCAAUUAUUGGUCUAGGAA